AUGGACUCCUUCACAGAAUCCAUUUCGCAUAAACUCCCUUACCUCUCCUCAGACCAAAAAACGGACCUGAUAGACUCCAUCGCGAAGAAGAUGAUAAGCACCAUGAUCAUCAUUUCCAGAGAGAUUGACCGCGGCAAUCUAGACGCCGACAACACUACGCCCAUUCACAAUUUCAUCAGAACCAUUCUGCGCCACGAGCGCGCGCAGCUGCGGAAGCUAGAGCGGAGGGUGGCACGGUACCAGCGCCGAGCGCGACGCUGGCGGGCGGAGCGGCGGCGGAUACAGCAUGAGAUUGCGGAGAUAGUGCGGGUUUUGCACGAGGCUUGGAUGGAGAAGAAUCUGAAGGGUUCAAGUCCAAGAACAGAGGCAAGGGCAGAGCGACGGCCAGACUCGGGAUCGGGCGACGGUUCAUGUGGCAAUUUUGGCGAAUCAGAGAACACACAGUAA